AUGACCCAUUUACAAGCUGGACUUAGUCCAGAGACUAUAGAGAAGGCCCGCCUGGAACUGAAUGAAAACCCAGACAUUUUGCAUCAGGAUAUCCAGCAAGUCAGGGAUAUGAUCAUCACGAGGCCCGACAUUGGGUUUUUACGUACAGAUGAUGCCUUCAUCUUGAGAUUUCUCCGAGCCAGAAAGUUUCACCAAACUGAGGCCUUCAGACUGCUGGCUCAGUACUUCCAGUACCGCCAAUUAAAUCUGGAUAUGUUCAAAAACUUCAAGGCUGAUGAUCCAGGAAUCAAACGGGCUCUGACAGAUGGAUUCCCAGGAGUACUGGAAAAUCGCGACCACUGUGGCAGGAAGAUUCUUCUGCUUUUUGCAGCCAACUGGGAUCAGAGUAGGAACUCCUUCAUAGAUAUUCUUCGGGCUAUCCUACUGUCCUUGGAAGUGCUCAUCGAAGAUCAGGAGCUUCAAAUAAAUGGCUUCAUUCUAAUUAUAGAUUGGAGCAACUUCUCCUUCAAGCAAGCCUCCAAGCUUACGCCAUCUAUUCUCAAACUAGCCAUUGAAGGGUUACAG